AUGACUUUUUCAGAAGAGAAAUAUGCAUGGCAGUGUAGUGUGAACGUAGCAAACUUUGUGACAGUGCGGCCGAGCAGUGGGGGAGAUGAUGAAACAAAUGAAUUCAAAGACUGGAAAGAGCAGAUGAUUUGCCUUCUGGAGAGCCGGGAUGUGAUGGGGUUCGUCAACAGUGAAAUUGUGGCACCAGAGAAAGAGGAGAUUGAGCAGUACAAGUUGUGGAGAAGAACGGACAGACUUGUCAAAGGAUGGAUUCUUGGAUCAGUCGGAACAGACGUGCUUCACCGACUGCGGGGUAGUGAAACUGCAAGAGACGUAUGGCUUCAAUUGGAAAACAUUUUCAAACAAGAAGACGACGACGAAGAAGAAGUAUACCAGGCAAUAAUGAGAGAUAACUGGCAGUCCACUAAGAAUAACUUCCCAGACUUAAACGACUUAAGCACCAACAUUAUAUCUUCACGUUUGGAAACAAUUCUCCACAUAGCCGUUUUGGCUGGAAAAAACGAUUUAGUGAUCAAGAUGGUGGAAAUAAUGCCACCAGAGGCGCUGGCCUUCAAGAAUUCCCGUGGAGAUACUGCCUUACACAAUAUUGCCAUUGUUGGAAAUACAGUAGCAGCAAUUGCUUUGGUUGGCAAAAAUCCAAAUUUACUUCAUAUUAUGAACAAUGAUAACGACUUGCCAGUGGUCGUAGCAGCUGUAAAUUGCCAAAAGAAAACGCUAGAAUAUUUGAUAUUGCAGCACGAGACCAACUCUGGCGAUCACCCUUCUAUAUUUCAGGGUCAAAUUGGAGUCGAUCUCUUGAAUGCAAUAAUAUCUUCUGAAUAUGUUGAUAUUGCAUUGGAUUUGACUCAUAAAUACCCAAAUUUGGCUCAAAGGGUACAUGACAAGUCCGGUAAUUCCGCACUAUCAGUCAUUGCUCAGACCGACACCUUAUUCCCAAGGACAGACGCUUUCACCUGGUGGCAAAAGUUUGCUUACCGUUGUAUUCGUAUAAAAACCAAUUCUGAAGAGGAAUCUGGUCGCACGACACAUGAUGUAUCCCAUGACAUUGAAAAUUUAAAUUGCCAUAGUGCAUCGCAUUGGAAGUACUUGUUUCACAUUAUCUCUCGAGGAAAGCUACACUUAUCAUUUCCAUUAUAUAUAUCGCUCAUACUUUACAAAGUCCUUUCCAAAUUUGUAACGAUUAUUAGAAUCUAUUGGUGGAAGAAGUUGGAUUACAUGAUUUGGUAUGUCAUCGAAAAUUUAGUGCCUAACGUGAAGGAGCUGAGGGAGAAAAAAUCAACGAGAGCACAAGCACUACAACUUGCGAAGCACUUGUGCGACCAAAUAAUAACUUUACCUGGAAAUGAGGCUUUACCGAUAUUUGAGAAAUCUAUUCAUAAUGCGGCCAUCUUUGGGAUUAGUGAGCUUGUGGAAAUGAUAAUAGACGCAUAUCCUUUGACUAUUUAUUAUAGAGACCCUAAGACGAAGAAGGAUGUGUUUAUGCUGGCAGCGGCCUAUCGCUUUGAGAAUGUUAUCAACCUCUUCCAUAAUAUGAACGACCGCAAAUAUACGUUUUGGGGGCGUGCAGACCGUCAGAGAAACAAUUACAUGCACAUAUGUGGAAAAUUAGCCCCAUCUGACAGGCUCAAUCUUGUAGCUGGUCCUGCUCUACAAAUGCAGCGCGAAUUGCAGUGGUUUAAGGAGAUGGAAAAUUUUGUCCCUGCUUCACGCAGAACAUGGAACAACAAAGAAAUGCAAACUCCACAGAUGUUAUUCACAAGGGAGCACGAAAAGCUAAAAGAAGCUGGAGAGAAGUGGAUGAAAGACACGGCUAAUGCAUGCACCAUCGUGGCAGCACUAAUUGCAACAGUCAUGUUCGCUGCAGCUUUCACUGUUCCUGGUGGGAUUGAAGAAGCAUCCGGCAAGCCACUUCUGUCAAACAAGCCUCCAUUCAUGUUGUUUGCAGUGUCGGAUGCCAUAUCCUUGUUCACUUCCAUAACUUCUCUGCUCCUGUUCCUUUCCAUCCUUACUUCACGUUAUGCAGAAGAGGAUUUCUUGUAUGUUUUACCCAAGAGGUUAAGCAUGGGCCUUGUUACCCUCUUCGUAUCCAUUAUAUUUAUGUUGGCUGCGUUUAGUGCUACGCUCUACAUGGUGCUUCAAAGAGAUGCAACGUGGUUUGUGGUGCUUCUCAUGGCAUUCGCUUGCUUACCCAUUGCAUCAUUCGUGCUGCUACAGUUUCCACUCCUUGUAGACGUCAUUUAUUCAACUUAUGGCCCUGGUGUUUUUAAUAAGAAAACCAAACGUCGUCUCUAAUAAGCUCAUAUAUAGUUACGGUUGUUAGUAUUGGACUUAUUUUCUUGCACUUUACUCCCAAUUUCCCUUGCAUGUUGUUGUUAAGAAUAUUAAGUAGUUUGUACUUGUAUU